UAGUUGUGGUGCGGGCUGCCUAGAGUUGAGGGCCCGGGUUUUGGCUGCUGGUUGUCCGGGGCCGGGCAGCUGUCGGGAGCCCGGAGACUGUAUGUUUCCACCAUGUUAUUAGCGGAGCAGAGGGCCCCACACGAGGCGCUGCCCGAGCCUCCCAGCUGUCAUGUGACCACAAGUUACCCCACAAGGCCUCCUGAUACCGGACCCUAGCUGCUGUCACAUUGCACCUCUUCUCAGUCAUCUGCGCCUAGGAAAGCUGGGUGACCACCAAUAUGGCUGCUGUGAAAGGGCCUGUCGCCUGGAUAGUCACCACUGAAUACAAGGAACUUUACUGAGGUGUGGAACCGAGAGUGACCUGUCCAAAUCAUCCUGAGGCCAUUCUGGUGGAAGAUUACAGAGCGGGGGACAUGAUCUGCUCAGAAUGUGGAUUAGUUGUCGGUGAUCGAGUUAUUGAUGUUGGCUCUGAAUGGAGAACUUUCAGCAAUGACAAAGCUACCAAAGAUCCAUCUCGAGUGGGAGACACCCAGAAUCCUCUUCUAAGCGGUGGAGACCUGAGUACAAUGAUUGGAAAGGGAACAGGUGCAGCAAGCUUUGAUGAGUUUGGGAAUAAUAAAUACCAGAACCGUAGGACAAUGAGCAGCUCGGACAGAGCCAUGAUGAAUGCCUUUAAGGAAAUUUCCACUAUGGCCGACAGAAUAAACCUCCCCCGUAAUAUUAUUGAUCGGACAAAUAAUUUAUUUAAACAAGUGUAUGAACAGAAAAGCUUGAAGGGUAGAAGUAACGACGCCAUAGCUUCUGCAUGUCUGUAUAUUGCCUGUAGGCAAGAAGGUGUACCCCGAACAUUUAAAGAAAUCUGCGCCGUCUCAAGGAUCUCCAAGAAAGAAAUUGGCAGAUGUUUUAAGCUGAUCUUGAAAGCGCUGGAAACAAAUGUGGAUUUGAUUACGACUGGAGACUUCAUGUCCAGGUUCUGUUCAAACUUGGGUCUCACCAAACAAGUGCAGAUGGCAGCUACUUACAUUGCACGCAAAGCUGUGGAGCUGGACUUGGUUCCUGGAAGAAGUCCCAUAUCCGUGGCAGCUGCUGCCAUUUACAUGGCUUCACAGGCAUCUGCUGAAAAGAGAACGCAGAAAGAAAUCGGUGACAUAGCCGGUGUAGCCGAUGUCACCAUCCGACAGUCCUACAGACUCAUCUACCCACGGGCUCCAGACUUGUUCCCUGCAGACUUCAAGUUUGACACACCCGUUGACAAGUUGCCGCAAUUAUAAACCAAUCUUCUGCGGUUCUGGAAUAGUUGAGUUGUGUUGCAGUUUUAUUUCAAGGUGAUGCAGACACGUCAAGCACAAUUGGUGAACUCUGCAGCAAGUCUGAAAAACAUUCCAAGCAUUUUCUAUAUGUAUAUAUCAUAGCAGGUUAAAUAUUUAAGAUUUGAACAACUGCGUGUUUCUUUGUUUUGCAUACAUUGUAUAUUGAUGGCUAGUAACGGCUAAUAAAUACUUUCCAGAAACUGUUCCUAGUCAUCCUUUAGGAGCCCGACAACUCCCGCUUUGUACGGCAGGAGCUGACAGCACCCUGGUGACGUUCAGCUCGGUGUACAUUGUAACAGUCGACUUCCUGUUUUAAUGAAUGCAAUUUUCUAUGUAAUAUAUACUUUUCUGUAA